AUUUUUUAUUGAUUCCCAAUUUUAAAUUUAUUUUUUGUCACAAUAUAUAAAUCACUUUUUGCCUUUGCUUCUUCAACAUGAACAUCACCAACAACAACUUAAGAAAAAAAACUUUUCUUCUUCCUUCAUCAUUUUAAAGAUCUUUACUUUAUGGCAGAAUGUAAAUCUAUCAUUUUUGUGACUGCAUGAUUGCUUUAUGAAAUGGUGAUAGUUCACCACCAAGAACUACAUAGAUCCGACCCCUGUGUUCCAAUAAUGGAUCGCAAACAAGGUUACGAUAUUGAACUUACGAGUUCUACUUCUAAAGUUGAGCAUGAAUUAUGGCCGUUGGAUGGAAUUGAUUCGAAGAAUUCCAAGUUUCCCUGUUGUCUAGUUUGGACACCACUCCCUGUUGUUUCAUGGUUAGCACCUUUCAUAGGACACGUAGGGAUUUGCCGGGAGGAUGGAGCGGUUCUUGACUUUUCGGUGUCGAAUUUUGUCACUGUUGAUGGUUUUGCUUUUGGUGCUGCAGCUCGAUAUGUUCAACUCGACAGAGAAAAGUGUUGCUUUCCUCCCAACAUGUCCGGGCAUACGUGCAAGCGAGGUUACCAACAUUCCGAGUACGGGACUGCAAUCACAUGGGAUGAUGCGUUACGGUCGAGCGCACGUAACUUUGAGCACAAGAGCUACAACCUCUUCACGUGCAACUCUCACUCGUUCGUAGCCAAUUGUCUCAACCGACUUUGCUACGACGGAUCGAUGGAUUGGAACAUGAUAACCGUGGUGGCUUUAGUAAUUAUCAAGGGUCAUUGGGUCAAUAACAUGUCGAUAAUAAGAUCAUUCCUCCCUUCCACGGUGGUGCUUUGCCUCGGGUUAGUAUCGGUCGGCUGGCCCUUUUUGGUUGGAUUGUUCUCAUUCUCUAUACUUCUACUGGGGUGGUUUCUAUUGGGAACUUAUUGUUUCAAAACGUUAUUGGAAAGAUAGAGGUGUUGUUUUCAUUGAAGUUGAAAAUCUUUUUUGUUGGUUGAAAGUUGCAUACCAUAUUUGUUAAUGGUUAUUUUUUAUUUUCAUUUUA